AUGCCUUCUGUCACCCUAUUUCGCCAUUUCUAUGUUACUAUGUCUAAUGGCGAUUGGGUAUGUUUUUCCCUUCGCCAUGGCUUGUUGAAGAUUUGUGACGGCCUUCCUACUUCUAUAAAGUAUUGGAAUGAAGAGUUCUUCUUCGUUCAUGCCUCCAAUUUUGUUGUGCGUAUCUUUUAUGGUGCUACUGCUGACAGGGUUGCCGACCCUUCUCCUGAUUUAUCUCUUGAAGAACAAAGUAUUGCAGGUCGUUUAUCAGAGAACUUUGUCAAAUGGGUAGAUCCUAAAGAUAUAAUGCUAGAAUCUACAGCGCCAAUGGCCCCUUCUCUAACAAAGAAACUUUUGAAUGUGGAGAUUGGCAAUAGGAGACCCCCAUAUUCUUCUACUAUGGUGAAUCUUAGGAACUUAUCGUCUAAGAGGAAAGGUGGGGUAGAAGCGGAAAAAACCCUUUCCUUGGAAGUGACGUCUACCCUAGAGCUGAAGCAUGUCGAGGAAAACAUUCCCGAGUCAGACAAUGGGGUAUUCCCUUUUGACGUUCAUCCUCAUCUUGAUUCUGAUAACAUUCCUCUCAUCGAUUUAUAUAAUAUUCCUCUCAUUAAUUCUAUCAAACCAACAUCGGAGAACAAACCCUCAUCUGUUCUUUCUGCUAUAACCACAGUUCCCAAGAGUCCAGAACUUUCAACCAUGUCAGAUGAAGACCACCUUGAUAAAGCUUGUUCCUUCUUCAUGGAAAUGAUGUAUUUACUGAAUGAAUUCCCUGCUCACACGCAGAUACGUGGUGAAAUUCUUGUGAACAAGCAGAUUAGAUUUGAGGAGGUUUACAUGCAUUGA